CCCAGCUUCCACCCAGCAACCUCAGGUAGCUUCUGGCCCUGCAAAGGCCAAAGGCAAAGAUGCCAAGAGUGGGCAGGGUUAUUCUGCCCCAAAAGCUGUACCUGGCAGAAGAAAACGUUCCUCUAUGUCUGCCUCUUCCUCCUCACCCACUUCACCUAAAUCUACUCCCUCCUCUACUCCCCGGUCACCCGUGGUGUCACCUUUGACAUCACCUUUAGCAUCACCUUUGGCUUCCUCGGCCAGUAGCUCCCCUGCCAAUCGUUCUGCCCCAAAAGUGGUUAAGGCUGGCAAACAAGGAAAGGCUAAGAAAGGAGAGGCAUUUGAGCCUGCUCCUGUCCAGGUAGAUCACAAAGUCCCAGACGUAAAGGAAAAGUCAGAGGAACCUAACUUGAAGAAAUCUAUGACUACUGAAGCUAAAGCUUUCCCAAUUGAGACAAAAUCUCAGCCACCCCCUGCAUUUAAAGUCACCCCAAAGCCUGCUGUUGCAGCACCAAUUUCAUUCUCGGAUGCUAUUGCUUCAAGCCCCCCAAAAUCUGGUGAAAAGGUUGCUUCUGCAAAACCCGUAUUGCUUAUGGUCGAUGAUGAGCUUCCUCCACUUAUCCCACCUGAGAAGCUUGGUAAAAUGCAAGUCUCUGCACCUCUUGUUGCCAAAGAGAGCACAAAGCCUGCUAUGUCUCCUUCUGAACCUAGUCCUAAAGGGGCUACUUCUGCUCCUCCAGAGGUCAGUAAAGCCAAGAUGGGUAUUGAACCCAAACCUUUGCCUGUCGAAGCUCCUAAGGCAGCAGCCCCAGUGAAAACUGUAGCUCAGGAGGUCAUUAAGCCUUCUCCUACAGAUUCCAAGGCUAAAUCUGCUGCUGGCAAGACUGGCCAAGACAAACCUGCUGCUGCUGUGAAGCCAGCAGAUGAGACCAAAUUGAUCUCUAACACAGGUCCUAAACAGGUUGAGGACAUUAAAGUUGCCAAGCCAAAUGCUGGUGUAAAGUCAACCCCUCCUGAGGUUACCAAACAAGCACCCGAAAAGGGUGCUGUGGUAGUUAAUAAGGCUCAGUCGGUUGACUUGAAGGCAACAGCUGCUGAGGCCCCCAAACAAGCCAAACCAAUAGCUGCUGAGGCACCUAAAGCAGAUUCUGAGACUCCUAAACUGGUCAAACAAACCGAGGGACCCAAAAAGGCCAAAGCCACCUCCACUGAGGCACCUAGGCCAGCCCCGGAAGUGGUGAAGCAGGCGGCCACCGAGACAUCCAAACAGGCUAAGCAGGCAGCCCCCGAGGCACUCAAGCAAGCGGCUGCCGAGGCACCCAAACAAGCCAAGCAGGUGCCCAAACAGACUAAGCAGGAGAGCCCUGAGGCACCCAAACAGGAUAGAAAGGAGGCUCCCGAGGCACCCAAACAGGCUAAGCAGGCGUCUCCCGAGGCACCCACACAGGCUAAGCAGGCGUCUCCCGAGGCACCCAAACAGGCUAAGCAGGCGUCUCCCGAGGCACCCAAACAGGCUAAGCAGGCGUCUCCCGAGGCACCCAAACAGGCUAAGCAGGCGGCCCCAGAGGCACCCAAACAGGCUAAGCAGGCGGCCCCAGAGGCACCCAAACAGGCUAAGCAGGCGGCCCCAGAGGCACCCAAACAGGCUAAGCAGGCGGCCCCAGAGGCACCCAAGCAGGCUAAGCAGGCAGCCCCAGAGGCACCCAAACAGGCUAAGCAGGCGGCCCCAGAGGCACCCAAACAGGCUAAGCAGGCGUCUCCCGAGGCACCCAAACAGGCUAAGCAGGCGGCCCCCGAGGCACCCAAGCAGGCUAAGGAGGCGUCUCCCGAGGCACCCAAGCAGGCUAAGCAGGCGUCUCCCGAGGCACCCAAGCAGGCUAAGCAGGCGUCUCCCGAGGCACCCAAGCAGGCUAAGGAGGCGGCCCCCGAGGCACCCAAACAGCCUAAGCAGGUGCCCAAACAGGCUAAGCAGGAGAGCCCUGAGGCACCCAAACAGGAUAGAAAGGAGGCUCCCGAGGCACCCAAACAGGCGGCCUCCGAGGCACCCAUACAGGCUAAGCAGGCGUCUCCCGAGGCACCCAAACAGGCUAAGCAGGCGUCUCCCGAGGCACCCAAACAGGCUAAGCUGGUGGCUGCAGACGCCCCUAAAACAUCUGAGGCUUCUCCAUUGGCCAAAGCAACAGCCUCUGACAGUGCAGGCCAAACCAAGCAGGCCAAACCAGUCGAGGUGCCCAAACCAACUGCUGCUGAAGCACCUAAACCAGCUACUGAGAAUCCUAAACCAGCUAAACCGAAGGCUGAUGAGGCACCUAAACAAGCCAAGCAAACUACUGAAGUUCCCUCAAAACCUGCUCUAGUUGAGCCUAUUGUUCCGCCCCCAGCCCCACGUAAACUUACUUUUGCCGAGGCAGUUGCAAAACCUGCACCUGUCAAGCCUGACGCUGAGAAAAUCAGCACUGCUCCCUCUAAUCAUGUCAUAUCAUCUAAACCUGCUGAAACCCCAGCCAAGAUGGAGUCUGUGAUCAAGGACGACAAUGGAUCUGGCACAGAGUCGGACAGUGAUGACUCAGUUCCUGAGCUGGAAGAACAGGACUCUGCACAGACACAGACACAACAAGCUCAGCUUGCAGCUGCUGCUGAAAUAGACGAAGAGCCUGUAAGCAAAGCCAAACAGAGCCGCAGUGAAAAGAAGGCACGAAAGGCCAUGUCAAAGCUUGGACUCAGGCAGGUAACAGGGGUCACCAGGGUCACCAUUCGCAAAUCAAAGAACAUCUUGUUCGUCAUCACCAAACCAGACGUCUACAAGAGCCCUGCGUCAGAUACAUACAUCGUCUUCGGUGAAGCUAAGAUUGAAGAUCUUUCUCAGCAAGCCCAGCUGGCUGCAGCAGAAAAGUUCAAGGUACAGGGAGAAGCUACAGCAAAGAUCCAGGACAACACACAGACGCCCACAGUACAGGAGGAAAGCGAAGAGGAAGAGGUUGAUGAGACCGGAGUCGAGGUGAAGGACAUCGAACUCGUAAUGUCACAAGCCAACGUGUCGCGGGCAAAGGCUGUACGCGCCCUGAAAAACAACAACAACGACAUUGUCAACGCUAUUAUGGAGUUGACAAUGUAACGGGAUCCGGUCAACAAAGAGUUGAAAAAAGGUUGCUGAUUAAAUCUGAGCUCAUUUAUACAAUUUAUACCAAGAUGGAAAUAAAGUUGUGGCUUGAUGAAAUUAAAAUCUGGCAUUUAUUGAGACUCUUGGGGAAACGGAGGGGAAUUUCACCUGAUUGAAUGUUAAAAAAAGACUUAUAGUACUUUUGUUUUUUCAACUGGUGAAGUAUUUGUCCUUGUACAAUGAUGAAAUCCAAAGUAGUCGUAAUAAAGGCUUUAAACGUCAAUUUUUCAGAGUGAUGAGCAGGAGGAGUUGCAGCUGUAACAUUACACCAUCCUCCAGAUAAGGAGAAUAUCAUGUCCUGUGCUGUUUUAUUCACCUCUGUCUGUAAUUGGCUUAUUUAUUUACACCAUAAAGACUAAAUGAGUUUUUAAUGUCCUGAUAUGUAAAACAAUAGAAUUAAAACUUGGUGUACUCACA